AUGGCAACUAGCAAAACAAUAUCGGAAACUCAGGCCACCUAUUAUCCACCUUCGUUAAUGCCACCUUUUAUGGGCGCUCAUCCACCGACCAAGUUGGGUGUCUCUUUAUUCGAGGGUGGAAAGAUAGGUUACUUUCAAAAUUAUAGAAACGAAACAUUAUCAAAAUUGUCGAUGCCAUCGUACGAAUGGGGAAUGCAGAAAACUCCGUACAGUCCAAGACCUGAAAUCGUCGCGGACACGAUGCGUCGUAACAUUAAUCGUAAUUUAAUGGUGCAGACGAAUGACAUCUCGACGAUCGAUCAAAAGCGCAUGAAGGAAAUUGAUGAUCUGUUCAAAAUAGUGCAACUUCAACGUAGCACGUACAAGGAUCGUACCGGCACUUUCCAUCCUUUGGUGUUCUUUACCGCCGAUGAAUACGAAUAUCAAUGUGCACCAGGAAUGACGUUAUCGUACAUCUUUAAAUAUCCAAUGAAUUACAUCGAAUACAAAAUUCCAACAGUUUUACCUCUUACGUACGAAAGAAGGAAACAAACGCCGUAUAUUCCAGAUUUGUCUCUUACCGGUCUGUAUGGUAAAAAAGGUUGCAUCGCUUAUAAACGAUGAGCGUUAACUCAUCGGUACUGCGUAAAUCAAGUUAAGUGUAUUAUUUCAUUGAAUAGUGUAAAAAUGUACAUAUGUUAAAAAAUUCAAAACAUAUUGUUUCGUUUAUGAAUAUAUGUAUUCCUUGAAUAUACGAGCAACAAAUUUAUUAAUCUCUCUCUUUUAUCUAUCUCACUAUUCUUAAUCGUAGUCUGAUAGAUAUAUUUAUUUUAUCGUCAAUUUAAGAUAAUUAAAUUAAGUACAACGAAAGGAAAAUUAUAUUAUAAUAGAAAAACUUGUUG